UUGGACUAGCGCACGAGGCCAGUGACGGUCCGUCGGGUUUUGUCGUUUACCGGUGUGAACACGUGACUGUGUCUUGUGUCUUUUUUAUUUUUCUACAAAGGAAUAACGUUGUAAAGAUCCGUUAGAUAAGCCUGGGGGGGUCAAGACCCGCUCCAGCCAGCCGACCCCCGGCUCGUAUUAAUGAGACAGCGACGGAGAAAACGGCAAAAAUGCGCAUUUUUCAAGAAGAGAGAAUGUGACCGAACGGGUGGAUGCUACUUCGCCCGGACCAGACCUACGAGGACAGGGCUCCUCUGGGCUACUCCGAGGUCCAAAACCUUCUUAAGACCCUGAGGAUCGAGCCGGGGCUGCUAUGCCGCUUCAGGGACCCACUUCCCUUCCAUUACUGUAAGUGUCUAUCCCCUGGCGUACAAUUGGAACAUGCUUGUUCGUCGAACGAGGCGGUACACCUCCAGCAGCGACUGAGAAGCCUGAGCUCCGAGCUGGUCACUCUGAGGAACCGGCUCGGCCAGCAGCCUCAACCGAUCCCCCAAGCGCAGCAGCAGCCCCAGCAGCUCCAGCAGCAAUAUCAGCAGCAUACAAUCAACAACCGUGGCGAGUGUGGCGAUAGGCGUAAGGAGGUCGGCGGUGGUGAUGCCGUUUUGCCGACGUCCAAACCGGGUUCAGAUGCUAUGCUGCCGGUCACUGCCUCUUCUGACAUCGAGGACCUGAUCCACCUUCGUGGCCCAUUGACAGAAGAUGCCCUCCUCAAGGCGCUGGCUGCCAGAUUCCACGCCAAUCACACAUACACGAACGUCGGCCCGAUUUUAGUCUCGGUCAACGGAUACACAGACGUGAGCAACCCGCUGACCCUCAGCAGCACGAGGAGUGUGGUCCUAAGUCCAAAACUUCUACGAGUCGUCCAAGAAGCGGUCAGACACCAAUCAGAAUCCGGUUACCCUCAAGCCAUCAUUCUAUCAGGAACGAGCGGUUCUGGAAAAACAUACGCUUCCAUGCUUCUUCUCCGCCAAUUGUUCGAAGUUGCCGGAGGUGGCCCUGAGACCGACGCUUUCAAACAUUUAGCCGCUGCUUUUACGGUUUUGAGAUCCCUCGGCUCUGCUAAAACAACGUCCAAUUCUGAAUCGAGCCGAAUAGGGCAUUUCAUCGAAGUACAAGUGACAGACGGUGCGUUGUACAGGACGAAGAUUCACUGUUAUUUCCUGGACCAGACUAGGGUGAUAAGGCCGUUGAACAACGAGAAGAACUACCACAUAUUCUACCAGAUGCUGGCCGGUCUGACGCCGGAGGAGAGGUCAAAGUUGAACCUCGAAGGUUACAACUUGCACAAUCUGUGCUAUUUGAAGUGUGGAGACACGAGGCAGGACGAGGCGGAGGACGCGACGAGAUUCCAGGCCUGGAAAACCUGCCUAGGCGUUUUGGGCAUCCCGUUUUUGGACGUGGUUCGGGUUCUGGCUGCCGUCUUGUUGCUCGGGAACAUACUUUUUGUCGAUUCGGGAAGCGUCGAAGCCUCGGUCAAAGGGGAAGCAGAGCUUAACGCUGUCGCGGGUCUUCUCGGAGUGUCGCCCGCGUCUCUUCUCCGUGGGAUCACCUCGAGGACGCACAACGCGAGAGGGCAGAUCGUCAAAAGUUACUGCCAGGCCAACAUGGCCAAUAUGAUCAGGGAUUCCCUAGCGAAAGCCCUUUACUGCAGGACAGUCGCGACUAUCGUCAGGAGGGCGAACAGUCUCAAAAGGCUCGGGUCAACUUUAGGCACCUUGAGCAGCGACUCGAACGAAUCCGUGCACAACCAAGCAGAAGUGGCGAGUCAGCACGCUUCGACCAUCGGCACUGCUGGGUCCAAGUCCAGCAAAUCGAUGGCAGCCCUGAACAAUGCGGUGAAACAUGCUACAGACGGAUUCAUCGGCAUACUCGAUAUGUUCGGCUUCGAAGAACCCAAGCCUUCCCACUUGGAACACCUCUGCAUAAAUCUAUGCGCUGAGACCAUGCAACACUUUUACAACACGCAUAUUUUUAAAUCAAGCAUUGAGAGUUGUCGCGAUGAAGGGAUACACUCGGAUGUCGAAGUGGACUAUGUUGACAAUGUGCCAUGCAUUGAUUUAAUCUCCUCAUUGAGAACGGGAUUGUUGUCCAUGUUGGACGUAGAGUGUUCAGUAAGAGGAUCCGCAGAAAGUUACAUAACGAAGGUCAAAGCUCAGCACAGGCAUAAUCCAAGAUUGUUCGAACCGAAACCACUUGAACCAAGAGCUUUCGGCAUACAGCAUUUCGCCGGUCGUGUCAUCUACGACGCGACAGAUUUCUUAGACACGAACCGCGAUGUGGUGCCUGACGAUCUUGUUGCAGUGUUUCACAAGCAGAAUUGCAAUUUCGGCUUCGCCACGCACCUUUUUGGCAGUGAGCUUAAAGCGCUCUACUCUUCGGAGACCGUUCCUAGAGGCGUGAGCUUCAGGAUCUCACCAACGUCGCAUUCCGACUUGCUGAACGGCGAUGAACCCGUUUCGACCUUGACUCAAGACUUCCACACGCGUCUCGACAACCUCCUGAGGACACUGGUCCACGCCAGGCCUCACUUUGUUCGCUGCAUAAGAGCCAAUGCGACCGAAACACCUAGGCGAUUCGACCGAGCAGUCGUCAUGAAGCAAAUCCGUUCUUUACAAGUUUUAGAAACUGUCAAUUUAAUGGCUGGAGGUUUUCCUCAUAGAAUGAGGUUCAAAGCAUUUUUAUCGAGGUAUAGAGUUCUUGCUGGUCAUGGCACUUUGAGAAGAUGUGAAGAAAAUGCCGUAGAGGAUUGUCAGAUUAUCUUACAAUCCUUGGAAAACAAACAAACAAGGCCUGGGCUUGUUGUAAGCUGGGCUUUUGGAAAACGACACAUUUUUCUCAGCGAGGGGCUUCGGCAAGAACUGGAAAGUGUGAGAUGGGAGACGUUACAUAAAGCCGCUGUCACGGUACAGUCGACAUUCAGGGCAUACCAGGCUCGUAAACGUUGGCCAGCUCUCAAAAGGACCCUCCAGCAGACUUCGACGAAUAUACAUCACACUCCACAGCCGCCUCCUUCAAAAGGCGGAGCGAGACCACCGAUCAGCCUCCUAUCGGGCUCGACGCUCACAAGACCUCGGCCCCAGCCCAUCGCAGGCACCCCGCCACCCGAUCCCAACGAGAAGUGCGACCACAAAAUCAUUCAACAGACUUGCACACUCUUCGGCCUCGAUCUUGAGAGGCCACCACCGGUACCGCCAAGCAGGCAUUACACAGUGGCUGGAAACACAAAAAUGGGCUAUCCGCAGACUCGUAUAAUGAAAAUGCCAUUUCCAGAAGAUGGAAGCGGUGAUGUGUCACUUUUGAAAGGAGAUACGGUGACGGUUGUCGGCGCUUCGCCACGGAGAGGUCACUUGGUGGUCGAGCACUGCAACCACAAUCUUCACGUCCCGUUUCAGUUUCUCGAGUUGAAGUCCUCUCCUCUGUCUAUAUGAGCUUACUUGUUUGUGAAUUCAUUCCU